GUAGAGCUGGAUCAGGGAGUGAGGUCACUUCCAGUGCCCAGAUGAGAGCACAACCCUCGUACACAUACAGCAGGCCCAAACCACACCAACUGAGAGGAGCAGAGCGCAAAACACAGAAAAACACACCCUGUGCUUUUAAAUGUGCUUCUUGAUUAAUAAUGCUAAAUAAAACAUGCACUUUUCAAGACUUACUGUACCAGGCUAAACAUAUGUGGUGUUUACUGUACAUUUAAAACAAAUCCUGUUGCAGAGUAUAUAAUAUAAAUAUUUUCACAACUAUACUUUUCCGCGUGCGUGGACUGCUCUAUGUGUGUGUAUUUCCCCAAUUUUGUAAUGAGCAGAAACUGGUGCAAGUGAGAUUGUUUUAUUUCAAAGGUGUCCAUACGUGUACAGCUGUUCACAGACAUCAAAACUUACAGAAAAAAAUAGCAUCUUUAUUUUAAUGUGCAGCAAUUUGGAAGAAUACUAUCUUAUAAAUAACUUUAAUUAGGUUUUAACUUCAAAAGUGUAUCUGUGUGUUUUGAUAUAUAGUUAAAAAAAAGCUACAAUUCUGUCACUGUGGUGGUAUGCUAAGAUACAAAAGCUGAAAUGUACAUCUUUGUGCCUUAUUAACCCGUAAAUAGCACAUAUUAAUACCUUAAAUGUAAAUAUUAGUACUUUAAAAGUACAUAUUAGUAACUGAAGUGUACAUAUUACUACCUUUUGAAACGGUACUGUUUUGUAUCUUUUUUGGGUGUAGGAUAACAUAAAAACACACUUUAGAAAGACGAAGAAAAAGGAGCUUUUAGAUGCAGACAGAAGGCCGUUGGUGUGAUAAAUGGUGUGUGACACUGAAAUGGUGUAAACAGUGCUGAAGAGUAGUCCUGAGCAAUAACGUAAAGCAUAUGUUACCACAGACACAUGAGCGCAGAGCUGCACAAAUCACAUUGCAGUUUCCUGCCCUGUGUGUAUGACAAGAGUGUGUUUGGAAGAAAAUGUCAGUGUAGCUCUGAGACCCUGAACAGAACACACACACAUCUCAUCACAACUCCUCAUGUCAAUAACCGGACGUCUUCUUUUACCUCUCAGGCCAAUCAGACAGAAGGGAGGCGUCAACAGAAUUUAAAUAGAAAUAUUUUGGCCUGUAAGUGAACACAUCCGCUGCACAACUUUGAAGAGGAACGAUAGUAUUUUGCUCAUAAGAUAUACAUUGUGAGAGUCUCCAUCCAGUCUCCAUCCUCUCUGGUUCUGCUCUGAGGACAGAAUGAUGUUGUGCUGGAUACUAAUAUCACUGUUUGUUGGAUUUCUUAAAGCACAAGAAAACCCAGACGUAAUUUAUGCACAGGUAGGGGGGACUGUUACCCUACCUAGAAAGGACAUAAAAGCAGAAAAUGUUUAUGUGAACUGGUACCGCGGGAACAACGAAUCUAUAACUAUCGCCAGGAAUCCUCAGAGUGGAAUCAUAAGGGGUAAAGAUACGAAGACACACAUCGAUCUGUCACAAGAUUUCUCUCUUAAAAUCUCACCUGUACAGGAAUCUGAUUUUGAAAUUUGGCGCUGUGAACAAUAUGUAUUAACAAGUAAUUAUAAAAAGACCUACAAAUUGUACCAUGUCACUAUACCCAAAGUGCCUGCUGUGAUGGCUGGCGAAUCUCUGUAUCUGGAAUGUCAAAUUGAAUCUAGUCCAGUUAUUCCCACAGUAACAUGGAUUCCACCGAAAAACUCAGAUUGUAAUCAAAUAAAUCUUAAGGGUGAGAAAAUUAAAGUCAACAGUGUGUCUAGAUGUCAUAGUGGUGUUUGGACAUGCAAGUUGGAGUAUAUGAAGAAAACAUAUCAUACGGAAGCAACAACAACUGUUUAUGUAAUAGACCUCCCCUCUUCUCCAAAUCCCAUUUACAAAUCAUCCUCUGAAGUCAAGAUUCCUUGUUCUUUGUCUUCUAACAUUCCCUGGUCCAUCUUGAAUGAAACUGGUCUCAUCGGUGGUAGCUGGAGCUUCACUCCUCUCAACGACCCAAAGUCAACACAUUCUUUCCUCAAACUUGAUGUUGAUUCGGUGUUCAGAUGGAUUAAAAUACCGGACACAGUCAGUCCUGUCAAGGCCGAGGAAAUCAAGUUGAAAGACCAUGAUCUAUCGAUUAAUCUGCCAGUAUCAGAGAACAUAAGGGGGCUUUACACAUGUGAUCUGACAUUUAGCAGAAAGACUCUCAGCACAAAAGUUCAGGUGGAGGUUUUGAAGGUUUCCUCUUCUAGAGGUUCUCCAGUAUAUGAAGGCCAAAGUGUGAAUCUGACAUGCACAUUAGGACAUCAACUUACCUCUGACUUCGAGAUGAAAUGGAAUUGCUCACCUUUAUCCAGUUGUUCCAGUUUCAAGCUUAAUUCAUCUAAUUUGUUCAUACCUGAAGUGAAAUUGGAACACCGUGGAAAAUAUACGUGUGAACUCUGGAAGAAUGGGGUGAAUCUGACAUCUGCUGAUCUAUUUUUAAAGACUGAGAAAGCUCCAGUGGACAUCUGGCUUUAUGUUGCCAUCAGCAGUGGAGUCGUGGUCUUCAUCUUGCUCCUUGUGGUCUUCAUCAUGUGCAUUCGCAGAUACAGACAGAUGAUGAUGUACAGACGACGCAAAACCAAAUUCUGCUGCUGCAAAAAUCCACAGCAGAAUCAAAAGGGUUUCUACAAGACGUGAUGAUCUUCUGCUUUUGAUUUUUAUAAUCAUAUUAAUGUACAGUUUCCUGAACAAAUUCUCCUGUGCCAGAACUGAUGGUCUUCACUCUGCUGGAAUAUUUUUUAUUAUUGUGUUAAAUACUCUCAUAGCCACUUUAUAUACUUGAACAUGCUUGAUCGCAAGCUAUGUUAUAUGCAACUUAAACAAUAUGCUGUAUGUCUUUUGGUGUAUAUAACAUGAUAUAAUUUGUUUGGAAGAUAAAUGUACAAUUUCCAAUAACAGAGUAGAAUACAAAACAAUAAAAUGUUGCUAUUAUUCUG